GCGAGAGGGAUGGGCACUGGGCCCGAUAGUCGGAAUCGCGUGCGCCAGAGAGGGACCGGCAUAGUCUGCUAGAAAAGAAUCAUUUUGUAGCUGCUUUGUUUGUGUGUUUGGCAUUCACAUUUCCCCCAUUCAAUAUUUAAUUUAGUGAGCUAUUAACGAAGCGGAAAUCGGCGUUAUGCAAAAGAUAGUGCUGUAAUACAGCUCAAAUUCGUAUAAGAAAUAAAUUAAACAUCGGUAGAAAGGCUUUCAAAUAGAAGCAAAAGCCAUUUUUUCUACUUCUACGCUGUGCCAGUGUGUGCCUGUGUGUGUGCGUGCGUGAGAAAAAAUAUAACCAACCAACAACUUUGCAGGUCGUCCGAAGUUGUUGUUGUUGCAGUUACAUUGUUGUUUUUGUUGAUUUUUGCUGGCAAGUGCAGAAAAUUCGGAGGAAAACUAAAACGAUAAUUAAAACUAAAGCAUAUAUAUCCCCGCAAAGCCGAAAUUUGAUUACAUAUAAAAUCACGCACACUCGUCUAUACAAAUACAAACGCACAUACAUACAUACACAGAUGGCAGUACAUAUACAAAGGGCGCAACGUUAAAAUUAUACAGACAGUUUUUUGCCUUAAAAUGGACAAUACUGCUGGCCAGUAUGUGCGGAAGAAACUCGACUAACAUGGAUUCAUGGAUCAAAAGUUCGCUGUAAAUAGAUUAGGCAGAUAGAUUAACUAUGAAAACUAUAACGCCGGAUACGGCGACGACGGCGUCGCAGCACCAACAACUUCUCAUUCCACAAGCGGAUCAGCAUCACCAACCGAUGCUGCAGCAACACUCCAUGUUGGCCGCUCCACCACCUCCGAUUAUAAUGGAGCACGUGAAUCUGGUGGACGACGACGAGAAGGAUCCACUGGCGCUGGAGCAGCUGGAUGUGUCGCCCUCUACCAAGCACACGCACAGUCUGAGACGCCACCUGCCACGCAUUAUCGUGAAACCCAUACCACCUGAGAAGAAGCCUAUGGCGCCCAGUGAAGAGCCUGUUGUCAAUCCUGCUUCUGCGCCGCCCACGCGCCUAAUCUGCAGCCGACGCAUUCAGCAACAGCAACAGGUCAAAGCGGCAGCGGCGGCAGCAGCAGCAGCUGCUGCGGCAGCGGCGUUAGCUCAAGCCCAAGCCCAAGCUGCCGCCACUUAUCCAUCCGCCAUCUCACCUGGUAGCAAGGCCGGCUCCUCUCAAGCCUCGACCAUGCGGGAGGUCCUGGCCUCCAUACCAGGCUUUAGUGUUAAGCCACGUCGGAGGAGCAAUAAAAAACUGACGACAGCGGCGCAAAUUGAGCAAACAAAAGACGGCAAGAUCGACUUGGAGACCCCCGACUCCAUACUGGCAUCCACCAACCUUAGGGCGCUUUUGAACAAGCAAACGUUCUCGUUACUGCCGCCGCUCUAUCAAUACAAUCUCAUACAGCUGCUGCCCAGCGUGGAUCGCGAGGCGAGCGAAAUGGAGCUGCCCAGCGGCAGCGGAAGUGGAGGCAGCUCCUCGGAGGCUAUACGGCUCAGUGCCUCCUGCCUAAACAACGAGUUUUUUGCCCGAGCCUGCCUUGAGUGGCGGGAGCGGUUGAGCGAAGGCGAAUUCACACCCGAGAAUCAGUUAAAGUUAAAAACGGAGGCAGAGCGCGAGAAAAACAAACUGGAUCCCUGGAAGCUGAAGCACUUUGAGCCCUUCUGGGGCGAGAAGAACUCCAGAAGCAAGGUCAAGUCUGAAGGCGAUGUUAAGGAGGAGAAGUCUUCGGCUACCGUCAAGAGUGAGCCCAAACCACCAGCGACUUCGCAACAAAAACCACAGCAACAACAAGCAACAUGUGAUAAUGAGACUGAAUUAAAAUUUGAUUUGAGCACAAAGUGCGAAACGACAGCAGCAACCACAAAAACUACAGUAGUAACAGCAGUAGCAGCUAAAACCAGCACUCCUUCUGCAACCAGCAACCAGAGUAAUGUGUUAAACGAACAACAACGCCGAAUCCUCAAACGUCCAUCGAGCAGUCCAUCGCAACGCAAGCAGGCACCCACAACGAUUGCUACCAUAAAUUUGGACGACGACCCCGACGAGCUGCCAAGCACAUCGAAGGAUAGCAAGCAGCCGAAGAUGGCCGAAAUUGUUCCUAAUGCGUCAGGAAAUGUUGUCGCCACCCCAGAAGCUGAUGUUGUGGAUAAUGCCGCAGGGGAUACAAAAAGCAAGGAGGAGCAACAGCACCAGCGACAACAUCAGUCACUUAUCAACAGUACCUGUGAUAAAAUUGAGCCAUCUGAGUGCAGUGAGGUGAUCGUUGCCAUGAAAAAAAUGGAGGAUGUAGAAGUGGUGCAGCCAGCUGCUACUGCAGCUGCCAAGCUAGCGGUUGCUGCUGUUACCCCACCUGCACCAAAGCCGGAACCUUUAGCACACAAUCCGGAGGUGGUCAAUCACUUUGUGAGUUACUUGCAAAGCGUUGAACUAGCAGCUGAAACCAAAGCGCCUUUGGACAAUUCAACUGAGGCAGAUAUAACGACAGGAACAAACAGCCACGAUUUUGUAUUUGCAGAUACCAUUGAUCACGCGGCGACAACUGGGGUCAUUAAACUGGAAGAGCAAUGUGAUAAGCUGGAGGGCUUACCAAUGCCCAUUGCUAGCUCUAUUUCUGGGUCAACGCCGGCCAGUUCGAUUACAUCCACCAGCUGCACAUCAUCCUCAUCCUCUACCGCUUCGAUGUCAUCUUCGUGCUCCAGCAGUAAUUCAGGUUCGACGACAACCGCGCCCACAACGUCAUCGUCGGUCGGAGCAGGGACAGCCACAGCUCCAUUGACGCUGGCAGCAGCGGCUGAAACCACGUUGGCCAAUGUCCAAGCCAUGCUCUCAACAGUGGUCAAGUUUCAACAGCAGCAAGAGCAACAGGAAUUGCCCAUGGAGUUAAAUUCAAAUGAAAUGUACCAGCAUGUGCAGCACGAUUGGCACUUUGGCGACAUUAAAUUGAGCAGCUCGCAAUCAACUGGAGAUCAGCAGCGCAGUUUAAACCAUGAAGGUAUCGAUCUAAUGGAUGUAGUGCAUGAUGCCGACGUCAUAGACGACAUCAUGGAUAACGAUGUGUGCCAUGAAGUUCUUGAUGACGAAGAGGAUGGGGAUGAAGAUGAGGAGGAAGACGAUGAGGUGGUGGAAUGCAUUACAGAGGAGCAGCAGGAACAGCAGCUGAUGGAUGAGGACAAUGAAGCAGUGCGCGAGAUAGUGGACAAAUUGCAGCAACAUCAACAGCAACAAGAACAACAGCAACAUCAGCAAUUGCAUAUCCAGGAUGUUGUUCAAUUGUCUCAGCAUUCGUUUAUGCCGCAAGCCCACAGCGAAUAUGGAAAUGAUAUCGCCCAUGAGAUGCUCUGUGACCCUGUCCCAAUGUCUGCCGCUGAAAUGGAGGUAUCCAGUACAGUAAUCACAAACAGUAGCAACAGCAACGACAGCAGCAACAAUAUAAGCCUUUGCAGUAGCAGCAAUAGUCUGAGCAUCAAUCAGCUGCCGCAGCAGCCUGCGCAACAGCAGCAGGCUCAACAGAACGCUCAGCCAAGUGGACCUCAACAACGACAAAUUCUGGUGGAUUCCAAUGGUCAGAUAAUUGGCAACUUUUUGCUGCAACAGCAACGCCAGCAGCAGCAGCAGCAACUUCUGCAGCAAUUGACACUUCAGGCGGCUGCCGCCCAACAGCAGCAACAACAACAGCAAGCAACAAGUAGCAAUGCCUUGUCGAAGACAUUGCCGGUGGCCCUUCGCAACGGAGCACAACAGUUCUUGUCGCCCAACUUGCUGGCCCAGCAACAUCAGCAGCAGCAACAACUGGAGCAGCAACAGCAGCAGGCUGCCGCGCAUCAGAAGCAGCACCAAAUUCAGCAAUUUGCCCUGCAACAGGCGCAACUUCAUCAGCGCCAACUUUUGGCGCAAGCCGCGAACAACAAUCUGCUCCAGCAGCAGCAACAACAACAGCAAAAUGUUGUGCCUGCGACAACACAGGCUAAAUUCAUAGCCAAGCCAUUAAAUAUCAUCUCUAUGACGCGACCUGCAAAUGCAUCGCCUACCACAGCAGCAACAACAGCAAAUACCGCAACUAUUCCGUCCGCCUACGCCAAUGUUGUUGCUGUGACAGCCGCGCAACAGCAGCAAUCGCCGCCAGUACCUGCCUCGCCACAUCAGCAGCAAACAUCCCAGCAACACCAACAGCAGCAGCAAAGCAAUCACAACAACAAUAUGCAACAGUUGCCCACGAUUCCCAAUGUGCUGACGAUGAAAACGCUGCCUCCCUCGGGAGUGCCAACUACUAUUGCUCAGCAAAGACUACAGCCGAAAAUGCCAACGGGCAAGGGUCGCAAAGCCACUAGCAACAGGUUGCCACCGGGUGCUGUCAAUCUGGAGCGUAGCUAUCAAAUCUGCCAAGCAGUAAUCCAAAAUAGUCCGAAUCGCGAAAACCUCAAGGCCCAACUGCGCCCGCCUGCAGCGAUACUCAACCAGCAUCAGCAGCCGACGGCAACCACGGCGGCAACACCUGUGAACCCUGUGACCAUGAAUGUCUCAACCGUUGCUGCCACACCUAUGUCCAACAUGACAACGGCUAGCGGAAGUGUGGCAGCAGCCGUGUCCGCAGCUCCAGUGCAGAAUAUUAUAAAGCAAGAAGAGUUGUUGGUCAGUGGAGCAGUUGGAGCCGGAGCUCUGCCAGCUGGAUUGCCGUCGAAUGUGAUGGGUGUCGGACGUCCGGGUGUAUAUAAGGUUAUUGGUCCCCGAAUGAGUGGUUUUCCGAGGAAAAAAUAUGUCCAAAGGAAGCCCUCACCCACCACGCUUAUACGGCAUGUUUUUAGCCCAGGACCGGGAGGAGCUACAGCCACCCCUCAACAGUUGCAGUUACUGCAGCAACAUCAUCAGGCGGCCACACCGCCAGUAUCAGUGCAAAAUCCUCAGCAGUCCGCCCCGGAGCCAUUAAUCCACCAGAAUGGCAGCGGUCAGUAUGUGCUGGUGCAUCGGGCAAAUGUGGGUGCAGCUGACAACCAAGCGCCUAGGGCCUCGAGUGCCCCACCUUUGCAUCAAAACCAGUUUGUCACUGUUCAGAAUCCACUGCACAGCCUAAACGGCAUUCCCAUGGGAGGACGCGGGCGUCCUGCAUCGGUGGAUACAACUGCGGGCAGCGGUAGUGUUAUGGCUCCAACAAUUUCCGCCACAGAUGCGUUGCAUCAUCAACACCACGAACUGCAGCAACAGCAGCAUCAGCAGCAGCAAAAUCAACAGCCGCAGCCGCUGGGCAGUAUGGGCGCCGCCGCGAAUAUUGUGCGGCGCAAUAUCGCUGCAGGAGGCAACAUCGCCUACAUCGACGGCAGCAAUACCAACUCGUCGGCCGUCGCUCUUAUGGAGGCUGGAAACAACUACCUAGUGACCACCAACGCAGCACCAACAGCAGCUCCUUCUCCCGUCAACUCGCAGCAACAGUCGCAGCAACCCGCGCCGCAGCAUCAACAUCCACUGCUGCAAUUGCAUCAGAGUGGGGAGAACACUCCGCCAGGCAAUGAGGCUACAGCAACGCCAAACAAUUGCGCCUGCUCUCUGAACGCGAUGGUAAUCUGCCAGCAAUGUGGAGCCUUCUGCCAUGACGACUGCAUCGGUGCGGCCAAGCUGUGUGUCGCUUGCGUGAUUAGAUGAGAUGGCUAACGUAUUAUAGUUUCUCAGACAACCGUAUCUUAAGUCGAUCCCAGUAGAAAGAUACCUAAUGUUUGAAUUGUGAACUAUACCAGUCAAAGAGCAAAGACGAAAACCACGUGUACAACAAACAAAAUAAAACAACGCAAGUGCAGAGGCUCACGCACAGACGCAGCAAUGGCAACCAUACAUAAAUGUAUAUUAUAAUUCAUUUGCAAUUCGUGUAAACUAAGCAAACUGGCAAUUCGUAACACUUUUUGUAUAAAAAUAGGAAAGAGGAGUUAAGCCUAAAAUGCAAGCUAGUGUUGUGUAUUUUGUGCUUGUUGCAUAUCCCUUAAAAUACUCGUUGUUUUUUGUGAUUGUUUAAGGAUAUCACAAGCACUCUAAAAUGAAACAAUAGAAUUUUAUUUAGGUUCUACCAUUUGAAUUACAGCAAAGCAAAUUUAAUCGAUGAAAAGGCAACAGUAAAGCAUAUAAAACUAAAGAAACUAAUUCUAAUGUAAAUAUUUAUGUUUAAAAUGUAACAAUAUAAAGUACAUACGUGGAUAAGCAUAGUAUAUGGACUCACUCACGUCUGAUGACUAUAUUUUUAUAAUUUAUUCGCUGUAUGUGCGUGACUUGGUUGGUUCGAUUUUUGAAUAUACGAACUUGAGAAAUAUAUACUUAUUGCUAGAUAAGUGUACUUUAAUUUACUGUGUAAUUUAUGAAAUAUUCAUAAUGUAUUUUGAAAACGCUUGGGCCCAGCGCUUAGGCUUUAAUUUGUAAUUCUCUAAGUUUAGUAUUAUCCACCCGACAACACCCACAACAUACACACUCACCCAAGCGAUCUAAGACUCUCCACGCCCACAUUUCUUUAGCAUGUAGCGCAUAAACGUAAAUGUAAUACACCCAAUUGAUUUCAAAAUGAGACCCUAUAUAUUAAGCUAAAACUGUUGAUAAAUACAAUGCAAAUUAUAAAAAUGAAAA